AUGGAUAAUCAUUCAUUUGAAUUAAAUAAUAACAACCUGGAAAUAAGGACACCAACUGGUUCCUCAUUCUCCUCAGACACAACAUGUUCAUCAAAUACAUCACUGACGGCAUUGCUUAAGCCAUCCACACCGUCACCCCUGUCACAUUCACCAUUAUCUCAAUCACAAACUCAAUCUACACCAUCUACUACUACUACAACUACAACUACCACUACUACUUCUACAUCUAAUGAUAUUGCCAAACAAUUUGAUUUAUCAUCACCUACAUAUGCAUCAAUAUCCGAUUUGGAUUCAUUCCAAUAUAACAAUAAUAACAAGAAAGACGAAGAGAAGGAUGCUGGUGGUACCAAACGUAAAGUGUCCGACCCAGACCGUCCCAACCAUUCCUACAGCUUCAUCAACCAAUUCAACGCCCUCUUCCUCAAGUCCAUCUCAUACCAACGUCGUCAAUACAAGACCAACAUCAUGCAAGCCCUGGUCCCAGUCCUAAUGAUCAGUAUUAUGUCACUCCUUCAGAUUGCUACACCACCAAUUAAGUUCCGUGAUAAUUCCAAUCCAAUCAGUCUACCACUUCCCUUCAUCUUCCCACCACUCAUCGACUACUCUGUACCAUUCAUCACCAACGAUGCCAACGUCAUGCCACUUGGCACAUGUUGCCAAAACAACACUGGCUUCCUAAGUCUCUUUACAACUGCCAACCAGCAGACACAAAUACCAAAUUACCAAACACUUGGUAACAUACCUACUGAUUCCUUUACGUUUGAAGAAUACAAUGAUGUUGAGAGCCUGGACGCCAUCACGUAUAAGGAGGGAAGACAAUCACCAAAGAUCUUGUUGGGCUACAACUUCCAAGAGCUGCAAAUUACACCGGGUUCUAGUGUCAGAUCAAACAUCAUCAGUUAUGCCAAUGACACCACCUGCAGCUCAUCAAUAAUCAACAUCAUGAACAAUGCCAUCUUCCAAACAUUGACCGGAACCAACAACAAACUAGUCACUGGCAUCAAACAAUUCCCCUACUACGCCAAGAAUGAGAAGAAGGAUAUGAUCCAGCCCCAAGAGAACUUCUGGUAUCUCUUCAUGUUGUCCUUCUGCAUGGUCAUCUUUGUUGCCAAUGUUGUGUAUGAGAAGGAACAUAGACUUAGAGAGUCAAUGAAGAUGGCUGGAUUGAGGAUGAGGACCUACUGGCUCGUCCAAUAUAUCUUCAACUUCACUCUCUACAUGGUCAUCGUCUUUGUGGCAAUCGCAUUUGCCUACAUCCUCAAGUUCAGAUUCUUCACUCAGACCGAGUUCUCAUUGUACUUUGCUUUGUUUGUGUUGUUUGGAUUGACACAGAUUGCCUUUGCCUUCUUCAUUAGUACCUUCUUCUCAUCGGUGUACACGUGCACAGUGGUGUCAUUCAUCUACAUCAUCUUCACAGCACUCAGCUCCAACUUGCUCAACAAUGCAUUCAUCAUGAACCCCAACACAUCAUUGGCCACAUUCAUCAUCACGGCACUGAUCCCCCACGUAGCCUUCCAUCGUGCCGUCUCCUACAUCUCACUGGCCUACAUCGGCAAUGCACCCGGACUGACCUGGUACGACGUGUUCCAGCAUCAUCAAAUCCCAUCACUCUUUGGUCUGCUCCUCGGCGAGUUCUUCCUCUACGGCCUGCUGCACCAGUACCUUGAGAUGGUGCUCCCUUCGUCAUACGGAGUCAGCCAGCACCCAUUGUUCUUCUUCCAGAAGUCAUUCUGGGCCUCCAAGAUGUCCGGCAACCUCGUGCACAACAAGUCCAGCCCAACCGAGUCGACGCCACUCAAGUCCUUGCACCAGAUGUACUCAGUGGACAUGGUGCCAUCCGAUGUCACUGAUGAGUACCGGUACACAUACGCCCGCGAGAACACCGCUUCCAUCCGUCUGAUGAGCUUGUUCAAGAGCUUCAAAGUUGGCAAGAAGACCAAUGUCGCCGUGGACAACCUUACGCUCUCAGUCGAGAAGGGUCAAUGCUUUGCCAUCAUCGCCGGCCACGACAUCGUCACCAACCUGCAGCGUGCCCAACAGUCACUUGGCGUCUGCCCUCAGGACGACGUUCUCUGGGCCGAGAUGACCGGCCGCGAGCACUUGCUAUUCUACGGCCGCAUGAAGAACCUCAAGGGUGAGGCACUACACCUGAUGGUGGACAAGUCGCUGGCCGAGGUCAUGUUGACCGAGGCUCAGGACAAGGCCGUCCGCGAGUACUCUGGUGGUAUGAAGCGCCGUCUCUCGCUGGCCAUCUCACUGAUUGGCGCGCCAACUGCCAUCCUGCUGGACGAGCCCACCACCGGUGUCGAUCCAUUCUCGCGUCGCAUCGUAUGGGACGUGAUCAACAGCUACAAGAGCAAGUGCGCGAUCAUUCUCACGACCCACAACAUGGAGGAGGCCGAGAUCCUGUGCGACCGCGUCUGCAUCAUCGACCACGGACUGAUGAAGUGCAUCGGAAGGAGUGGCGACCUAAAGACUCGCUACGGUGCCGGUCAUACACUGUCCGUGUCGACGACUAACAACGACUCUAUGAUCCACGAGUACAUAACAUCGAUGAUUCCCAACGUCAAGCUGAUCCAUGAGAUCUCGUGCAAUAGGACGUACGCCGUACCACGUCGCGCCGUCAAGAUGUCGCAGUUGUUCAAGUCGAUCCAAGAGAACAAGAACAAGUACUCCAUCUCUGACUGGGGUAUCUGUCAAGCCGGUCUCGAAGAGGUGUUGCUCCAAGCAGCACAUGGCCACAGUAACAACAACAACAACAACAAUGUCAUUGCAUCUGCCGCGCGUGGAUUUGAACAUUCAUAA